AUGGCCUUGAGCACCCAAAGAGCCUCUGCAUCUCAGACUUCAUCAGCUGAAUCAUCAGUUCCUCGCAGGAAGAAUGAUGUUUUUCUGAGUUUCAGGGGUGUAGACACUCGCAGGACGAUUGUCUCCUCUUUAUACCAUGAGUUGCAGAACAGAGAAGUUGAAACGUUCAUGGAUGACAAAGGGCUUAUCAGAGGGACUAUUAUUUCCUCGAGUCUUCUGAGAGAAAUCAAUGAAUCUAGAUUGGCAAUCAUUGUCCUUUCACCAAACUAUGCUUAUUCUAAAUGGUGUUUGGACGAAUUGACAAUGAUCAUUCAGUGCAUGGAAUAUAAUAGCACAACAGUCAUCCCAAUCUUUUAUGAUGUGGAUCCUUCUGAUGUGCGACAUCAGAAAGGGAGCUUUGCAAGAGCCUUCACUACGCACCAAGAAAGGCUAGGGCAAGACGAUGAUUCUGACGUGGAACUUGUCAAAGACGCUGUGGAUGUUGUGUGCAGUAAAUUACAACAUGUUGAGUGGGCAUUGUUGUCUACUGGAGAUUUUGUAGCAUUUGAAGCAACAAGGCGAGCCAUGAACAAGGUAAUGAAGGCAAUGCGAGAUGAUGAGAUCACUGCCAUUGGGGUAUAUGGGAUGGGAGGCAUUGGCAAGACAUGUAUGGUGAAACAUGUGGGUGCACAUGCCCGAAAACUUGGUCUUUUUAAUCAUGUAAUUAUGGCUGUCAUAUCCCAAACACCAAACUUGAGAAAUAUUCAAGGAACACUGGCCGAUCUGCUGGGAUUAAAGUUGUUCGAGGAGACAGAAUUCGGAAGAGCAGUUAGAUUGAUGGAGAAGAUAAUGAAAGGAAAUAGGAUCCUCAUAUUCUUGGACGACAUUUGGGAGAGAAUAGAUUUGUCUAGCAUUGGAAUACCGAGCCAUGAUGAGCUUCAAAAGUGCAGUUCCAAAAUCAUAUUCACCACAAGGAGAUUGAAUGUUUGUCAUACCAUGGAGAGCCAAGAAAACAUUCCUCUCCAAGUCUUAUCUGAAGAAGAUGCUUGGAAUCUAUUUGUGAAGAAAACAAGAAAGUCUUUUCAUGAAUCAACAAACUUAUAUGAUGUAGGGCGGAGAGUAGCAAAAGAAUGUGCUGGUCUCCCAGUUGCAUUAGUAGCAGUUGCGAGGGCACUUGGAGAUAAAGAUUUAGAUGAUUGGACAGAAGCAGCUCGACGUCUAAAGGCUGCUCAACCUGCCAACUAUGAAGAUGAGCGAGAGGUGUCUAGAUGUAUAGAGUUAAGCUAUAAUUAUUUGAGACCUGAUGAUGACAACAUUGCCAAGUUAUUCUUCUUGCUUUGCUGUCUAUUCCCUGAAGAUUCUGAUAUUGAGGUCGAAGACUUGUUGGUGUAUGCAAUUGGGAAAGGACUGUUUCAAGAUGCUGAUACAAUCAAAGAAGCCAGAGCCAAAGCUCAUUCAGUGGUCAAGUACCUGAAAGCUUCUAGCUUGCUUUUGGACAGUGCAUACUGUGGAUUUGUGAAGAUGCAUGACGUAAUUCGAGAUGUGGCCAUAUCAAUCUCAUUAUCGGAAGAUGGAUCACGGUUUUUGGUUAAAGCUGGUUGUGAAUUAAAGGAUUGGCCAGCUAUUAAUAUUGCAGAUAAAGGCUACUCUGCAGUCUCACUAAUGAGAAAUGAAAUUCAGAAGCUUCCCAACAAGUUGGUAUGUUCAAAACUCCAGAUUUUAUUACUACAGAGCAAUAGUAAUAUAAAUGAGAUUCCAAAUCCAUUUUUUCAAAGUCCCAAUGAAUUGAGGGUCUUAGAUCUUAGCCAGACUAGUAUUUCAUUACUACCCGCCUCAUUAAGUCUGCUAACCAACCUCCAAGCUUUGUGUUUAGAUGAUUGCAAGAAAAUGCAUGAUAUUUCCAUACUCGGAAAGCUAAAGAACCUUCAGAUUCUUAGUAUGAAGAACCUUAGAGGAAUUUGUGAUAGAGAACUGCCGAAAGAAAUGGCGCAGUUGGCCAAACUAAAGUUGUUAGACAUCACGAAUGCAUGUUUUGUAACAGUGCCCUCUGAUGUGAUAUUAAACUUGAAUGGAUUAGAAGAACUGUACAUGAAAUGCGACUUCUGUGACUGGGGUAGUAGAAUAGUCACGGGCAGUUUAUUUUCUUUUGCUUUUGGCACUGCCAAGAAUGCUAGCUUUGAUGAGUUAACAGGCUUGUCACGUUUAAACAGUUUGAAAGUUCACAUAUCUGAUGUGAAAUGCUUGCCUCGUAACGUUAGUUGCAUUCCGAAUUGGGUCAACUUCAAUAUCUGUAUCAGCAGAAAGGAAUAUAUGAAACAGUCCUAUUAUGGCCGUUUUUUUGAGAGGAAACUAACUGUCAAGUGGGAUCAACGUCAGCAUCUCUUUCGGUAUGUGACUCUAAACGCAAGCACGAAGAGUUUACCAGAUUGGUUUAUCAAUGUGGUGACAGAGAAAACAGAGAUUCUGGAGUACAUAGGAUACAGUGGCUUAGAGGACAUUCUUGUGGAAUACGACCUUGGGAGAUUACAUGUGCUGAAGUGCCUUGCUGUAAUUGAGUGCCAAGUGGAUGGAGUGUUGAUGAACUCAACAACAAGAAGGAUUCAAAAUGAACCAGUAUUCGAGAGCUUGAUAGAUUUGUAUGUUGAAAGAGUCUAUGGGCUGGAGGAUUUAUGUAUUGGUGAGUUACCACCUGGGUCUCUAUGCAAUCUUCAGUUGUUAAAUGUGAGAAACUGCCCUCAUUUGGUGGAUGCACUUUUACAAUCAAAUUUGUUGCUCAGGCUACAAAAUCUGGAAAUACUACAUUGUGAGCAAGUGGAGGAUGCGAGAGGAACCAAAAUGGAACAUGUGUUUAGAUUUGAAGAGCUGGAGGGUCAACAAACCGUCUUAACGAAAUUGAGAGAGAUAACUUUGUGUAAUCUUGUGAGCCUUGAAAGAAUAUGGAUCGGUUAUCCUCCAAAUGGAGCAUUCUGUAAUCUUAACAGUUUGGCAAUUCGUGGCUGCAACAAACUGAAAUAUCUCUUGGCCUAUGGUGCUACUAUAUCUUUUUCGCAAUUGGAGCUCCUUUGGGUGGAUGACUGCUCUGACUUGAAAAGCCUUUUUUCACCAACCUUGGGACAAGAGACCAAGGUAGUUAUUCCCAAAUUGAAGGAAAUGUAUUUGAGUAGUCUUCCACAGCUCUCAGGGUUCUUCAGUUGCCUCUAUCAAGAAGCUACUACUCAGCUUCUCUGCCCUUCAUUGGAACACUUGUAUGUCUAUGGGUGCCCCAAACUUUCGAACCUUGCUGCUUCUAACUUCCACAGCAGGAAAGAAGUCCAAGCCAAUGAUGAGCGGCAUUUUGCGCUGAUAUUUGAGAGAUUGUUCCACCGCCAAUUCAACCCAGAAGAGUUUCCUCAGUUCUUCUCCAAAAAAGGAAGUGAUUUCUCAAUUGGAUCUUGAAUGUAAUACGUAGUAUACACUGUGCAGAGUGCACAGACAAUUUCUCUUGAUAUUGGAAACAGCAUGUGGUUAUAACUUCUAGAUGUGCUUAUAAUGAUAGUAAUGAGUCUUGAAUAUAUUCCGUAUUGGUAAGAAAAUUUGAGGUACCAGUCCUCUAU